CUUCCGUUUCAAAAAGAUAAUAGAAACAAUUAUCUCAACAUCUAGUUUAUGAAGUGUUUAUUCAUGUUUUUACGAUCUCGUAUAGUGUAUUUUGUGCGUUAACAAUUGUUCUAAAGAAUUAAAUAUUUUCUGGUUAUUUAUUAUCUAUCCAUUACUAUGGUUCAAUUACGGCGCCAGAUUUUGACUUAUGGGAAUUUUUUGAAUCAACUUCAACUUCAACUUAAUAUCAAACGAAAUUCAUCAUCUUUACAAAUUAAAAAUAAAAAAGUAAUACAACCAGAACGUUCUUUUAGGUAUACAGAUCUAUCAGUUCGUCUUGCAGGACCAGAACAAUUACAACCAAAACCUGAUGUUAGUGAUUUAGCAUUUGGUAAAUAUUUUACAGAUCAUAUAUUAAAAAUAUUUUAUCAUGAAACAUUAGGAGGAUGGCAAAGGCCAGAAAUUGCUCCAUUUGAAAAUCUAGUUCUUCAUCCAGCAUCAAAAGUAUUUCAUUAUGCUAUAGAGUUGUUUGAAGGUUUAAAAGCUUACAGAGGAGUAGAUGGUAAAAUAAGAAUAUUUAGACCAGAAUUAAAUAUGGAACGAAUGAACAAUUCCGCAAUGAGAACUGGUUUACCUGUUUUCAUUGGAGAGGAAUUAAUUAAAUGUUUAUGUAGAUUAAUUAGUAUUGAUCAAGAAUGGGUACCUCAUUCUACUGCUUCUAGUCUUUACAUACGGCCAACAAUGAUAGGAAUAGAUCCUAUCCUUGGCGUUACAUCUUCGGGAUCUGCUUUACUUUAUGUUAUUUUAUCACCCGUGGGUUCUUAUUUUAAAAAAACAAAAAAAGACAUUGGGAUAUCUUUAUUAGCUGAUCCUCGAUACACAAGAGCAUGGCCAGGUGGUUGUGGUAAUUAUAAAGUAGGUAGCAAUUAUGGUCCUACAGUAUAUGUUCAAAAAGAAGCAAUAGAAAAAGGUUUACAACAAGUACUAUGGCUUUAUGGAGAUGAUAAUGAAUUAACUGAAGCUGGAACUAUGAAUGUGUUUAUAUUCAUUUUAAAUGAUGAUGGCGAGAAAGAAUUAAUAACACCACCAUUGACAAGUGGUUUGAUUCUUCCUGGAAUUAUAAGAAAUUCUAUUUUAACAUUAAGUAAAAAAUGGAAUCAAUUUAAAGUUAGCGAAAGAAAAAUUUGUAUGGAUGAAGUUUGUCAGUUACUUUCAGAAAACCGAUUAUUGGAAAUAUUUGGAACAGGAACAGCUUGCAUAAUUAGUCCAGUAUCUUACAUAGACUUUGUUGGACAAUUAUUAUAUAUACCUACAAUGGAACAUUCUAAUCCUGUUUACAAAAUGCUUUUGAAGCAUUUAUCUGAUAUACAAUAUGGUGUUAUACAAGAUCACCCUUGGGCGAUACCUAUUGAAUGAAAAUAGAAUAAUUUAUUACGAUUAUUUACUAAAUAAUCGUAAAUAAAAAUGAUUUCAUAUCUAUACUACAAUUGAAAAUAAUAUAACUCUAGUGGUGAUUUUAUUGCUAGUUUUAUAUGAAUAUCAUUUCUAUUUAUUUAUAUGUAUGAUUUCUGAUCAAAAGAGCUUUUAAAGCGACUUCUUUUAGAAUUUAAAAGAAGCAAAUAUGUAUU